AAAUUAUCAACAAAAAUAUUAACACAGACACAAACUUAAGUGUGUGCUAAUGUUAUGUAUUAACAAAAAAAUAAAUUGCAAUGAAUUAAGUUAAGUUAAGCGUGUAAAGCAACAACAACAACUGAUCGCUACCCAGGGGGAGUAGCAGAAGAAGAAGAAGCAGAACAAGUAGUAUAAGACAAAGCAGCAGCAAUGUUAAGAAGAGAGAAGUGCUCGUGACAUCAUAAAGCAAAAGUGACGGAAACUGUUGGCUCUGUGUCGUGGCCAAAAAUAAAUGCAAAAAAAAAUAAAAAAAAAAAAUACAGCUAAAACAAACAGCAACAAAUAAAUAAAAUACAUCAAAUAAAAAGUGCAAAAAAGAAACACAAAGCAAACGGCAAACGGCACAGAAUUUGAAUUGAACAAGAGCCGAACGGUCAACAGCUAAAAACCAACAACAAACAUAACUAAUAUAGCAACAACAAUAUGCGAUACAGAUUUGCUAUAGCGCGACGCCCCCUUGCUGUGUUUUUCUGAAAAAGAGACAGAGAGAGAGAGAGUUCAUGAUGGUGAUGAUGCUGCUAAUGGGGUUAAGGGGCAGCUAAUGAAGUUGUUGACAGUGAAAAGAAAAAAUAAGUAAACCAAGUUGCAAUUAGAACAAUAAACUGCAUUAAACAAACAAAGCAAAGUUAUUUGUAUAAAGUGAGAGUGACUCUAAAUGUCCAACACACUGAGUGAGCUAAAUAUGGAGCAAGCGAAGGCGCAGGAAACGGAGCAAGAGCAAGAGCAAGAGCAGGAGGCGGAGACGACGGAGGCCUCGUUGCAACAGCUUAAGGCCAAAAAGAACAAAUCCAAUUUGUUCCUCAUCAAAUCGUACAGCUUUAUCGAACGUAAUAACAAUAACAACAAUAACAAUAAUAAUUUGCAUACAAAUAAGAACAAUAAAAAUGCUAAAAUAUCAACGGUAAGCGCGCCAGCGUCGGAACUUUUGAAAUCACCCGAUAUGGAAGCAUUUCCGGAUAUUGCCUCGCUUAUGCUCGCCGAUAAGCCAAAGAAGCAGACGCGUCUAAAGAAGAGCAAACAAGCCAAGGUUAAAACUAAAAGCAAGGCAAAGACUGAACAGCAGCUGGAGGAGCCGGAGGCGGAGUCGGAACAGCAGCUGCUGCGUCGCCACAAUGUGCAGGAAUAUGAGCAACUGUUGCAGCAGUUGGCAACGCUGCCACGCCCACAAUCAUUGCCUGCCAAAGUGCAUUUCGAUCUGCUGCCCGAGCCGGCGGCGCAGCAGUGCCAAGCUCAAGUGGUGGCUGCUGGUCCGCCAAACUCCAAGCGCUCCUCAUCCACGCACAUCAAACGCGAAUCGUUUCUACGCCAAAGCUUGCAGUCCAUACGCCGUAGCUUCAGCUCAAACAAACAGGCCGGCAAGCUGGCAUUGCCUUCGCCCACGGCAUCCUCCAACGCUUCCUCCAGUGCAUCCAGCUCGUCCACCACAUCCUCCUGCUGCUCCUCGACGGCUCUGACGCUGCUGAGCAAAGCUCAGGCGCACAAUCAUCAAUUGGAUCAGUUCCUACCCACGCCGGUGCUGCUGCUGCUAAACAAUCAACUGGAUGCGGAUGCGGAUGCGGAUGCGGAUACUGUGGAUGCGUAUCAAAGAUCGGCCAGCACACUCGCCAAUGGCAACACUGGGCUCACCAUCGAUGCCACAAAUUCCAUGGCACCAUUGCAGUCGCCAGCUAACGGUGCGGCAACAGCAACAGCAACAACAACUGCGGCUGCAUUAAAUGCACACCAGCAACAACAACAACAACAACAGCAACAAUUAUUACAGCAGCAGCAACAACAACUGCAACUGCGACGUCAGCAUUAUUGUCAGCAACUAUCCCUGCCCGAGUCCUUUGCAGGCGAGGACAACAACUCCUUGCCACAAAGCUACAGCACUUCCAUAAAUCCAGCGCAACCAAACGCCGGCGCUGGCAGCGGCAGUGCGCAGAGUCUUGUCAGCAGCGCCAGUCCAAGUCCCAGUCCCAGCAGCAGCAACAGCAACAGUCAAGGGCGCAGCAAGAGCAGCAGCCACAACAACAGCAACAACAACAACGGCAAGGGCCUCAAUACGGCCAAGCAACAUGAACAGCAAAGCGGCGGCACAAUGGCUGGCAAUUCCAAUUCCGUCGCUGCAGUCGCCGCUGGCAAUGGAACGCCGCCAGAGAAGGAUAAGGAUAAGGAGAAGAAGCGCAAGGAGGUUUCCAGUUCGCGUGUAAAGAAAUUUCAUCGGCAUUUCUCGCAAGUUUCCAAAGAUGAAAAGCUCAUCAAUUACUUUUCUUGCGCCUUGGUUGGAGAUAUUCCUUUGCAGGGUCAUCUCUACAUAACCGAUCAGCAUUUUGCUUUCUAUUCCAAUGUUUUUGGUUAUGUAACCAAGGUUGUUAUUCCCACUUCUUCGGUGACGAAAAUUUCCAAGGAGAAAACGGCCAAGAUCAUACCAAACGCUGUGGGCGUCUCCACAGCCGAUGAGCGUCACGUCUUCAACAGUUUCAUUAGCCGCGAGGCUGCUUUUCGUCUCAUGUGCACGGUCUGCGUUCAACUGGCCAAUGGCAUCGAGAGUCUGCCGAAGCCGCUGCCGCUGGACGAUGUCGAGCUAACCGAGGAGUAUCUCAUGGACGAUGAUAGCAGCUGCUCCAUUAGCGGCAACGAGAGUCCGCCGCAGCGCGCUCUGGGAGCGAGUGCUGAGCCAGAGGACGAUGGCAAGCCGCAGGCCAUGCUGAGGCAACGCAUCAGACAUUCCGAUCCCAACAAAUCCUUAUUGGGUGCCGAAGCCCACGGAUCCCUCAGCACACGCAGCUCAGCGCCUCCGGUGGUGCACUAUGAGACGCCAGUGGCGUCCAGUCUACAAGGCAACAGUCGCAGCGCAUCGGCCACAGCCUCAGCCGCCAGUUCAGGCACUCCUUCCACUUCCAGCUCGCCCACCACCGUAAUGGGCGUGGCUGACAAUUCACCACCAACGCCCACACGCGGCCCCCAAGGCAGCAAACUAAGCCGACUGGCGCACUCCGUACGCUCGAGGCUGAGCCUGCCCACGCUCACCGAACUGCAUGUGCUCUAUCUGGGCAUAUUGCUGGCCAUACUGCUGGCCCUAUUCUCCGUCUUUCUGCUUUAUCGCAUUCUCGAUAUUGAGGCCAAAACCAGUCUCUACAACACGCCAGUGGAUUUCAAUGCUCGCCUGGGCAGCGAUGAGGAUAUAUUUGCGGAAGCCUUGCGCUGGCAAAAGGAGCUACAGGAUAAAAGCCACGCCGAGACGCAACAUAUUCUGUCCAAGAAUCUUGAGCAGAUCACAAAGGUGCGUCGCAGUUUGGAAACGCUCUCGAUGCUGAUCAAUGACCGGCGGACGGGUUACGCUGCAGCGCAAGCGGCGGCGGCGGCGUCCCCAUCGCUGGCGGCGGCUGCCAAUCAUAUUUCCGGCAAUCGUGACGAUAGUAGUGACUGACUUCAAUUGUUUAUUAUAAUGCCCUCUUAUUAUUUAUAUGCUAUACUUUUCAUAAUUUUUUUUCUUUUGGUUAUUUUGUUAAUGUUAUUCUAUAAUUUGUACAACUCAUAGUCAUUGGCUCAGCUAUUGCAGGAUAAGCAACAAAAAACUAUCUAAACACACAGUCACUCUUACGAUACGCUAUAUAUACUAUAUAUAUUAUAUAACUGUAUGAUCUGUAGUCUGCUAAGCUUAGUCACUAGUUUCAAGUAGAACUUUAGCUACAGCAUACACACUAUAUCUAUAUAUGUAUAUGUGAAUUUAUAUCCUUUAGCUGCAUACUUUUAAAAAUUACUCUUAUUAACUAGAAAUUUAUACUUCUAAGUGUAUCCCUUAAAAGGAAAUUGCUCAAUUUACUGAAAAUUUAGUUCCAUGCCAGGCAAGCUCAUGAAAAAUAUACAUUUAUAUUUACACACACACACACACUAUACUAUACUUAUGUAUCUGGAAUGUUAUACAAAAAUGUAUACUUUAGGCACUAUAUUUCAAACUUAUGUUUUUUUCGCAUAAAUUAAUCCUGUGAUA